GCGCAGGCGGCGGCUGCCACUGUCGCGGCCACUGCGACGUCUGGCCUGAACCCGGGCGACGGGACGGGACGUGGUCAGGCAGCCCGGACGCGAUGGGGCCGCUCUCCGAGCCUUGCUGACUCCCAGUGGCGGGAAGAAGGGGUUCAGAUCAGCCUCAGGGGGUGAUGCCGAGAAGCAGUCAGUUUCCUGCACCCAACACCUAAGCAGCCGGGGUCGGUGCGCCCCGCAGGCGGCUGCUGGCGGCGGCGGCGCGGAGCGGGCUCGGAGGGAGCACAGCCCAUGUCCGGAGCGAGCGAAGCCCUAGUUCCCGGGCCCGCGGGGCAGCAGUGCGCGGCCGAGGCGGGCGGCGGCCGGCUGGGCUCCCCGGCCCUUGAGAAAUGUCAUGAGGGCAAUACUGAGAAAGAUGUAAGUCAAGCCACCAGUAGCCACUCCAAGUAUGGACUGAUGCGGGACCAGUCUGUUUGGGGAAAUCCUUCAGAUGGUGAACUAGUCAGAACCCAACCUCAGCGCCUGCCUCAGCUGCAGACAACAACACAGGAGCCCAUCAAGGAGGAAACAGGCAAAAUAAAGAAUGGAGAGCACACGUGUCUGAGCAAUGGGAAUGGGAUUCAUCACGGAGCCAAACACGCACCCACAGAUAAUCACAGAACUUCAGCAUCUGGUUCUCAGAAAAUGCACAGAAAAAUUCAGUCCAGCUUGUCCGUAAACAAUGAUAUCAAUAAGAAGAGUAAAGUAAACGCUGUCUUUUCCCAAAAGUCUGUUUCCUCACCAGAAGACUGUUGCGUCCACUGUAUCCUGGCCUGCUUAUUCUGUGAAUUCCUGACCCUCUGCAAUAUUGUCCUGGGACAAGCUUCAUGCGGCAUCUGUUCCUCCGAAGCCUGCUGCUGCUGCUGUGGCGACGAGAUGGGUGAUGACUGCAACUGCCCUUGUGAUAUGGACUGUGGCAUCAUGGAUGCCUGUUGUGAAUCCUCGGACUGUUUAGAAAUCUGUAUGGAAUGCUGUGGCAUCUGUUUUCCUUCAUAAAGAUUUAUCUUUUGUUUGUAUUAAAACUGGAGACGAUUUUACAAUAUUUCUUGUAGGGGAAAGAAAAGCACAUGGUGAGACUCUCAUGAAGCAACUCAGUGUUUGCACUGUUAACUCAUUAUUUUUAAGUAAUCUCUGAAAUUCUUUUUCUUUCACUAGAUCUGUGUGGUUUAAUAUGUGAAGUUUUGGCCAACUGGUUUUUGAUGCUUCUUCAUAAACGAUAACAAUUGGAAGACGUUUUGACACAGGCAGCCAACAAUGUUGUAUGUCUUCUUUCUGUUGCCAUAUCUGUUUCUCUUAAUCAUUCUUCUCAGCUCUUUGCCCUAAACACAACAUCGCUCCAUAGGUAUUUAAACCAGAUCACUUAUCUUUGAUGUUUAUCUAUGAGAGGUUAAAAAGGAACAUCUGCUGCAAACAGAUGUGGGACUUCCCAUGCUGGUCCCUUCUGUGUGCUUUCCACCUCCAAUGUUCUACCCAGAGGGCACUGGGAGAGGUCCUUGUGCUCUCUCUCAGACCAGCAUGCAGUGUAGUGGAGGAUGGCUGGAUGGGAGCUGUAAAUAGGGAAGCAGAAGGCACGCUGGUGUCAGGACUAGAAAGGAAAGAGACCAGAAGAACAAACAGAAGCAAAGAACGGGUUAUUGAGGAAGGCUUGAAGGAGGAUGUGGCACUGUGGAUGCCAUAGAAUGAGCUACCUAAAUUUAGGAAGAAGGUUAAUGUCGGUGGCCUGGACUGUCUACGUUCUCAGAAAGUGAAAAGAAUGUGCCUGCACUGAACACUUCAGCAACACAGCUUUCUUAAAACUAUAGAAUCGGAACUAAUGCAAAUAUGCACUUUCCCACACAUAAUUUAAGUGUUAUAAAUUUUAAUGAAAACAUAAUACCUUGUUAACAUAACUAUAUUUUACCAAAAAUGUAGAACACUUUUUAACAACUUUCAUUUAAAUUAGGAUUUUUUUAAAGAUAAAAAAAAAAGAAAUCCCAGUAUUCUGAUUUGGGUUUUUUCCAAAGCUCACUUAUAUUUGAAAGAUUUGGUUCUUUGUAUGGGGAUGUUUGGGAGGGGGAGUCUAUUUAUUUUUUUUUGGUUUAUAGCCACAGUCUUGUAUUUUAUAAGCAUGUGCAUCUUGGAUCCACUAAGGGGGAGCUCAGAUGUCCAGCACCACCACCAGGUAUCAGUAUUCCAACUGUGUGUUAAGUUAUGCCAUUGUGUCAGGUUAUAAAGACACUAAAAGUAUAUAGAAGUAUGUCUGUGAAGAGACUAACUACAUAGUAAUGGAGCCGGCUCAUAUGAAAGGGAGCAUUUGGUUUCACGCACACCCUCCUAUGAUUUUUUUUUUCUUUUGGUUACAUUGACUAAUUCCUUGUAGGCUCUUGAGAGUAUAUUUGGUUUAGCGGUUCUUUCCAGUUCCAGGUGAAAGCAAUGCAUUUUUAGGAAACCUUUAGCCAACCUAGACCUCUAGACCUUUAGGAGUUCUGAGUUUUUUAUUUUGUUUUGUUUUGCUUUGUUUUUGUUUUUGUUUUUGUUUUUUUCACAUGAACCAUGUGAAUGUCCAUUUUUUCCUUUGAGAGUAAGCCUAGCUUAUAAUUAAAUUAUUCUUUUAAAUAUUCAUUGAAAAAGAAAGGCAAGUGAAUCUCCCUUCUAGUGCAAUUUAUGCAUGCAUUCUCUUUAAGACGUUGGUUUAAGCAUGAUGCUAAUUUACAGCUGCCUUCUUCAUUUGUGAUGCCAAAUAUAAUGGGAACCUUAAUAUUCCCAUAUACCCAGCAUUAUCUUGUGCUUAUGUCAUAGGAUGAAGAAAAGCAUCUGUUUGUAAAUAAGCCUCCUAAUGAUUGUUAGAGUAUUUGACUUGUUACCCUGUAAAACUGUUUAACGGAUGUGUUUGUCUGAUGCUUGAAUAUACCCUGCAAUGAUUUGCAAUGAAAAUGUUAGUGAUUUGAAAUUUGUUUUUUGUUUUUUGAUCUGUAAUACAGAACACUGGUGAAUACCAGAAUUAAAUUCCCAUGCUUGUACAUGUUGGACUUUUCUUCAGCUCUCUACUCCAGGCAUGCCAUUCCUUAGGGCAUCUUGUAUAAUUCAAAAGAAAAAUAGGCAAAUGUGAAAACAGUUUCAAUAUAUUUUAGGAUUUUGGUAUGUAGUGUUUUGUUGAAUCCUAUGGCCAUCAAGACUAAUUGCUAUAGUUUACAGUUAGGCAUUCUGUCACUUAUUAAAUGUGGCAUAUUUUCAAACUGGAGCUGUAUUAUCCUGAAUAUUGUAAAAUUAAAAAAAAUGAAUUCUU